GAAUUUGUAGCCGGUAGUUUAGGUUCGGUUGUUUUGUUAUCGUUGAUAAAAGCGUGUUUACAGGAAGCUUUAUCCAUAUUAACCCGUCUUCGCGUACAUUUGUAGAAAAUAUGAGCAAGCAAGAUUCUAACCUCAAUGAUGGUUUCGUGCCAUCGGUUUGGACUUGCGAAGAAGAUAUACUUAAUGAUAUAAUAGAGUAUUCAUAUUAUCACCCCAAAGAUACGGAAGAAAGGCCCCCAAUGCCUGAUACUCUUAAAGAGUAUUACGCUAAUGAAAAGUCAGCGAAAGAGUUAAAAUACAAUGAUUCCGAGAAAGAUAUUGACGAAUCAACGGAUUGUAAGGAGUCUGUUUACACUGGGCCGCGAAAGGGACAUAUUCAGACAUCACAAAGUGUACGCGGAAAUUACAAGAGACAGUCUAAGUUUUCGGCUCAAAGUUCUUUGUAUGCUAGUUUCGUAUCUGCGGACCACAGUAACACUAGCGUUUAUGGUAGGGUGAAUUCAAGCCAAUAUAAGCAUUCGGCCAACACCAGAAGAUAUACUGUGGAUUUAAAACCUUCGGGUUACAAACGAUUAUAGUUUCUAGAAUUAGUGUUUUAACUAAUGUUGUGUUUCUAUAAAAAUCUGUGUUAAUUUUUGUGUUAUUUCGAAUCAUUUAUAUUUUGAUAAAUACAUUUUUGGUAAUCA